AUGGCUGAUCCAAAGCAAUACGCAAAAAAUGGAAUUUGCCGUUUUGAAAACUUCCCGGAACGUCUGAAUAAUCCGACUGAAAUUAACAUGGGUACAACCAUUAGAGAGUCUUUUCACAUACAAUGGUACAUGGGUCUCAAAAGAGUUCCAGAUCAAGAAGGAGACCAUUUUCGAGUAUAUAUAAGAAGCGUCUGUGCCAAGGACAAAGCUCGAAUUUCAAUUUAUGUUCUCAUAAAUUUUUUGAAAAGGUUUGGAAAGCGUAGAAGCCGUGGGAAACAUACAAUAGAAGCCAAUGUCAAAGUGUUCACCAGAAAGCGUAUAAAAAUAUCUGACGUUUUGGAUAAUCCAUAUGAAUGGCUGAAGGAUGGAGCAUUGGAAAUUGAAUACGGUGUUCAUUUGGAGGCUUUUCACUCGGAAAAUGGAAUUUGGAACUUCAAUUUUCGUGAUAAACCUUUUAACAGACGCGAUUUCUCUGUGAGAGUUAUCAUGCGAUCUGGAACCGACUAUGAAAGGGAAUUGUACUGCAAUAACGCGUUGCUCCAAUUCCAUUCCCAAUUCUUGUCUUCCAAAUUUUCUGUUGAUGAUCCGAUCUUCUCAAAUCGGGUACUCCCUCUAAAUAGCGAUUUCAACAUAGACUACACUGAAAUUGCAUUGCAAAUUGCUCAUGGUGUCCUCUUUGACUGUUGUAAAAUAGUCGAAAUCGCUGAGAAACUGAAACUCCGAAAUGUGAGUCGAUAUUGUGAGCGGCGAAUGAUUGAGUGUGAAGAUGAGCGCAGCUUCUGCUAUAUUGAAUAUUCUGAUGACAUGUUUUGGGAGUUGGCUAUUGAAUACGAUUUGAAUCAUCUUUUGGCACAUAUGCUGAAACAGAACGACUGGAUGAAGAGAAUCCGUUAUAGGGAUAUCGAGCUCAUGUCCAGAAACUCAAUGAUGUUGAUAAUCGCUAAAUUUAUGGAAGAUUCUGUUUGA